ACACAGGGUGGUUACCCACCAACACAAGGUGGUUACCCACCAACUCAAGGUGGUUACCCACCGACACAAGGUGGUUACCCACCGACUCAAGGUGGUUACCCACCCCCUUCUCAAGACUUACCGACUCAAGGGGGGUAUCCUUCAGGCCAACCUUCAUAUAAUCCAGCAUAUGCACCAGGUGCUCAACCAAACUAUCCUGCACAACCAAGUUAUCCAGCUCAACCAAGUUAUCCAUCCCAUCCAGGUGCCCCUGGGAGUGCACACCCAGGGGGAAGCUAUGGCCAGGGGUAUGAUGCAAGUCAGGCAUCUGGUCCAGUAGAUAGGUAUACAGGGUGACUCAUACUUAAUGAGUUCUAUACCACUACAUUAAUUAUGAGACACCCUGUGAACAGACCCGAAGAUUCCCAAAAUUUGAUAUUAGCCCUUUGGACAUGUAACUGAAAUUCUUUUUCAUCCAUGAUGAUUUUACAAGAUGGGGAGUAGCAGUUGUGGAUCUGGCUAAAAUGGGCAUUGUGUGGUCCUCAUUUUAGAAAAAAGGUCUCAUAUUAAUUGAUAAAUGGGCUUUCCUCGAAAAAUAAUACAUUAAUAGAGUUUAUGUUUUCAAUAUUUUCAAGAUGUUACUUAAAAAGUCACAAAAUUUGACUAAGUAAAACAUAUUGAGCCUAAAAUACAUGUGCCUGUCGACCUUGCCAGCUAUAUAAGGAAGAGGGGUAUGUUACCUUUGAACAAUGAAAAUAUUGCAGAAUCAUAGUAGGACUCUAAUACUGCAGUUGCACUUUAGCUAUGCUCCAGUAAUGAGACUCCCACUAUUUUCAGAUAAAGUUUAAGAAAAUUUUAUAAGAAAGUGUUUCUCUUUUCUUGGAUUAUUGAUUGAGUAUUGAAAAGGGUUAUUAUCAAUAUGGGCAUUCAGUACAUUAAUUUGACUUGUCUGAAUUGUCUGUUUUC